AACCUUUGAGGCUUCAUGCAAAAAUGAAGUCUAUUUUGUUGCUAGGUUUAUUCGUCUUCCAUAAUGUUUUCUGUGCAAACGUAAGGGUUGAUCCCCUAGUGAAAAUCGAUCAAGGUUUAGUGAGAGGUGAAAAAUCUGCAGAUGGAACCUACUCGUCCUUUUUGGGAAUACCAUACGCGGGCGUUGACUUGGACGAUCCUUUUGGUCCAGCACAACCGGCCCCGCAAUUCAAUGAAAUUUUCAACGCUUACACAGGCUCUAUAAAGUGCCCUCAAAUCAACAGAGAUGGUAACGAUGAAGGCACCCUGGACUGUUUACGGCUCAACAUCUACGUGCCCAGCCAAGCAACCUCUAAGAACCCUCUCCCUGUUCUGGUGUGGAUUCACGGCGGAGGCUUCGGUAGUAGAUCUGCUGGGGAAUUUAUUCCAUCAAAUUUAGUGAAGCAAGGAAUUAUUGUAGUGACGAUUAACUACAGACUGGGCCCUUAUGGAUUUUUAUGCCUAGAUAACCCUUCUGUGCCUGGUAACCAAGGUAUUAAAGAUCAAUACGCUGCAUUACAAUGGAUAAAGACUAAUAUUGGAGCCUUUGGUGGCAAUCCGUACGAAGUAACGCUUGGCGGAGAGAGCGCUGGCUCUGCGAGUGUUUUAUACCACCUAUACUCACCCAACGAUAAACUUUACAACAAAAUAAUUAUACAAAGUGAUACACCACAGAAUGAAGGAAUGUUCGUCAAGAAAGACGUUAAUGCAGCUAUCAAAAUAGCAGAAAAUUUAGGUUUUAGCACUACUGACACGGAACAAGCAUUAGAAUUUUUGAAAAAUACUUCUCCUAACUUAGUUGUCGCUGCAGCUAAAGAGGCGAACCUUCAACUAAAACCUUGUAAAGAACAGUCAUUUGAUGGCGUUGAUAAUAUUAUUGAAAGUAAUCCAUUUUCGCUGUCUAACCAGAGGAAGGUGAGAAAUACUCCCGUCUUGAUUGGUCAUACUAGUAAGGAACAUAUGGGAGUAUUACUUGAUAUGUAUGGUAGUGAUUAUUUGAAGGGUAAUCCUUUUUAUGACAAACUAAAAAACAACUUUAACUUAGAUGAGAACGUUCUAAACAAAGCUGCAGAUAUCGUAAAAUAUUUCUACGUUGGUGAUUCCAGCUUAUCUGAAGCCCAGUUACCUGUGUUGGAAGACUUCGACUCCGAUUUUGUCUUCUACCAUCCUGUUCAAAGAACUGUAACGAAUUUGUUGAAUGAUAACGCUAAGGCAGUGUAUCAAUACUUAUUCAAGUACGUCGGUGACUCUGAAGCCGACGGAGCGGCACAUGCAGCUGAAAACGAUUACUUGUUCUACAGCUCGGAAAUACCCCGUAACGAAGAAGAUAAACUGAUGAUCGAGCGUAUGGCGACCUUGUGGACUAAUUUUGUCAAAUACGGAAACCCUACCCCAACAGUAUCAGAGUUGCUGCCAGUGACCUGGGAGCCGACUUCCAUCGAAUCCAGACCUUACCUGGUCAUCGACAAUGACCUGCGCGUAGACCAUAGAGUCUUUCACGACCGUAUGGCCUUCUGGGACUUGUUCUACGCAAUGUUUGGAGACCAGAACAUCUAUGCUGACUCUGAAUAGAGAAAGGUUGAGAGAAUCAUGCAUAUUUGGAUAUGCCAAUUUUUUUGAAUAUUUGUUUUUACAAGUUGUUUAUUUUUGCAAUGAUUCGAUUAUUUUAUAAGCAAUUAUUAUGUUAACUUGAUUAUAAUAAAUGAAAAAUAAUAAAUCACGAAAAACGCUUUUAUCGUAUUACAUACUACAUUUCGAUUGAUGAUGACUGAUACUUUAUGAUUUACCUACCAUUAUCAUUGUUUUAAGUUUACGCGGUUAUUAUCAUAAUUAAAGCACAUAGUAACGGGUUCUUACCGCGUUUAAAUGGAGAUAUGAGACUCCCGAUAUUUCGACACUGUUGCAAGUGCCAUGAUCACGGGAUGACUGAUGAGAUUGGAGUGCACCCGUUACUAUUAUUUGUUUCAUAUAUGAUGACUUCUCCUAUUAAUCCUGUUAUCCUUAAUACAAUCAACAUUAACAACAGCAGCUUUUAUCAGUCGAUUAAUGAUAUCUAUUGUAGUGUAGUA